CUCUCUCUCUCUCUCCGUGACUCGACCGGAGCGUCUGGAAGGUGCCAAUCCGCCCCGCAGCACCACCGUAACCCGCUCAGGUCACCUUAGCCGUCGCCCACCGGCAUUUUCCCGUCCGAAGAUGAUACCUGGCGAACGAAGAGCUGCAGUCAUGUCCUUCUCGGUGGUGAUACUCGGGGCGCUGAUGCUGCAGUCGGUGUCUUCCCAGUACGCGGGUUUUGUGAAAUCUCCUCUUUCUGAGACUAAGCUCACGGGCGACACCUUUGAGCUGUACUGUGACGUGGUAGGUACCCCCACCCCAGAGAUCCAGUGGUGGUACUCUGAGAUCAACCGGGCCGACUCCUUCAGGCAGCUGUGGGACGGCGCCCGUAAACGGCGGGUGGCCAUCAGCACGGCCUACGGCGUCAACGCAGUGAGCGUGCUGGGGGUGUCGCGUCUCACGCUGGACGAUGCUGGCACCUACGAGUGCAGAGCCAGCAAUGACCCGCGGCGCAAUGACCUCCACCAAAAUCCAGCCACCACCUGGAUCCGUGCUCAGGCCACUAUAACAGUGCUGCAGAAGCCGUCAAUCACUGCCUCUGAGCAUGCCACGCUUCCUGUGGAAGGCGAUAGUCUCAUGCUGCAGUGCAACCUGACCAGCGCCCACAGCGCCCACGUGGACAGCUACUGGAUGAAAAAUGGGGAAGAGAUCUCGGAAACACGCAGUACCAACAAGAACACCGAGUACAAGCUGCACAGACCAAGAGGAGACGACGCAGGCUUGUACAUGUGUGUCUACACCUUCGAAACGGCUCCCGCGGCCAACGCCACCAUCGAGGUUAAAUCUGCUCCUGAGAUUACAGGCCACAAACGCAGUGAGAAUAAGAACGAGGGCCAGCGUGCUUUACUCUACUGCAAGUCUGUCGGCUAUCCUCACCCAGUCUGGACUUGGCGCAAGUUUGACAACGGCGUUUUUAGGGAAAUUGACAACUCAACCGGACGCUUCUUCGUCAGCAGCAGAGACAACUACACUGAGCUCCACAUCGCCAACCUGGACAUUAGUUUAGAUCCGGGCGAGUACCACUGCAACGCCACCAACAUGAUCGGCAGCCGUGACGAGAAGUCUGUGUUGAGGGUUCGCAGCCACUUGGCCCCCUUGUGGCCUCUGCUGGGGGUUUUGGCUGAGAUCAUCAUCCUGGUCAUCAUCAUCGUUGUUUAUGAGAAGCGUAAGAAGCCAGAAGAUUUACAAGACGAUGACGACCUAGCUGGACCAGUGAAAACUAACUCAACCAACAACCACAAAGACAAGAAUCUGCGCCAGAGGAAUACAAACUGAGCAGCCUGUCUGCUGAGUCUCAUUACACAUGUAUUGACCAUAUGAAGGUAAACAAGAAGGGACUCCAUACCAGUUGUUAAUAGGAUGUAUCUGCCAUUAAAAGUAUGGUUGUGGAGGAAUUAGAUGAGGCAUGCCUUAUGAUUUUGUUGUGUGAAGGGUGCGAGGUCAGGAGGUACUCAAACCAUUAUGGAAUUGUUAACAUUAUAACCAUUGUUGCUGCAUGCAGUUGUUGACGUUUAUGAUUUUUUCCCUCUUAUCCACUAAUUUUACAUUUUUACUACUUCUAAAGUAAUGCAUGCAAGAUGUUGACCUUCUGUUUGACACAGAAAUGGCUUGCUUUCUUUUUUCUUUUCGAUUCUUUUCUCUGAGAGUGGCUUCAUGUAGAUAACCUGUACUGUGUGUUCUAGAGGAAAAACAAAACUCAGCAAAUGUAAAAGAAAAUAUCACCAUAAUCUGGUAUGACAGGUGUGUACAGUUUUAUCAUUCCGCUGCAUACCAUUUAUUGAUUUUAUCAGACGAUAUAUAUGACAUUUUAAGGGCUUUGCAAUGUCCCUCUAAAUUUGGUUAAGAUUUACUUUACUGUAUGUAUGUACUGUAUGUAUUAAAUCACAAUAACUAUGUAUCAGAUCACCAUUAAUAUAAAGACUAUUCAUAUUAUAUGAUGCACUUAAAUGUUGACAAUAAUGAAAAACUGUAUAAACCUACUUUAGGAAAUUGUACUAAUCAUUCUAACAUAUUAUUUUAUAAUUCUGUGUAUUGUACAGCAUGGCUAUUAUCCUAUGCAAUUAUUAUCCAUAUCAAUAUAUUGAAAAGUCAUUGCAGCUUUUGAUUUCUCUGUGACAAAGCUUUAAACUAGUAGGAUCACCGUAGAGCGUUGAUGGCAUACCACACAGCUGCAUGAAUUCUCUACUGCUGACGUGGGAGGCGGUGAAAGAAAAAAAAAAAGCCCACGUCAGAGCUGACACAUGUGAAGCAAUUCCAAGAUCCCGAGUCAUUUUUAAGAAUAAAUAUCUCAAAAAAGACAA